AUCAUUACUUGCUCAGAAUAAUUGUAAUUAAAAUAAUACAGUAGUAAUUACAAUAACAAUCAAAUACCGAAACAACCGUUAAAUGAUAUAUAAGAACGUGUGUUAGUGACGAACUUAAUUUUUGAUACAGCAUAAAUUGAGUUGUUUAGCAUAGGUCUAGCCUGAGGUGCCAUUAUGUUACUAGAAGCUGUUAUUUUCCUUUUAUUAGUCUCAACCAGUAAAUCGUCUACUGAUACCGACUGUCCAUCCCUGAUCGAAGCUGAUAACCUUUCACAAACGCAGUUAAUUGAACGCCUUACACAUGGUUGCCGUUAUGAUCGCCUGGAGCGACCUGUUACGUACAAAGAAUCGAACGGUGCGCGUCUGCCAAUUGAUGUUUAUGUACGCGCUUAUAUUUACUUCAUGCAAAACUUGGAGGCGCAUGAUUUACAAUUCAAAAUACACGUACUGCUGCAGUUACGUUUUCUAGAUCCGCGUUUAACUUUUCGUAAAGUCGCACCCAAACGAAGACAACCCAUCUUGGGUGAGAAACAGUUACGUGAUACACUUUGGAUGCCGCAUAUUUUUCUGGCUAAUGAAAGGGAUUCCAGUUUGCUAGGUACCAACGAAAAGGAUAUACUCACCUCUAUUUCACCUGAUGGCACUGUAAUCAUUUCGUCGCGCAUUAAAGCUACACUUUAUUGCUGGAUGAAUUUGCAGAAAUUCCCAUUCGAUGAACAACAAUGUGGUACUAUACUUGAGAGUUGGAUGUAUAAUACAUCCGAAUUGGUGUUACAUUGGGAACAAAAGCGACCUAUUACUAUUGAUCCAGCAUUACAUCUCACCGAAUAUAUGCUACAUGGCGCUUGGUCCAAUGAAACUGUAGUUAAUGCUGACUUAAAUGAUUUGAGACAUGGCGCUUUCGCUGGAAACUACAGUUCGCUUAGUUUCACAGUACAUUUAACGCGUGAAGUUGGCUUUUAUGUGAUGGAUUAUUUUCUACCAUCAAUGUUAAUUGUUGCCAUUUCAUGGGUAUCAUUUUGGCUACAAGCAGAUCAAGCACCACCACGUAUUAUGCUUGGCACCAGCACGAUGUUGACAUUCAUAACACUGGCUUCAGCCCAAGGCAAAACUUUACCGAAAGUCAGUUAUAUUAAAGUUUCCGAAGUAUGGUUUCUUGGUUGUACGCUUUUCAUUUUUGGCAGUCUCAUCGAAUUUGCUUUUGUCAACACCAUUUGGCGUAGAAAACGUAGUGUGGAUGUGAAGAAAAUGAGCAGCAAACAUAUACUUAAAUCAACAAUAUCGCCACGGUCUUCGAGGCGUAAAGCUGUGCGUUCACAUUCGCUCUGUGGUCCGCCAGUUGCUAGUGGUGGUUUAAAUAAUGAUCCGCCGCCAUUUAAUAACUAUUUAACUGUGCAUAAUAUACCAAUUCAUACGAUACAUGAAAAUGAAAAUGAGACCGGUGAUAAUGUGUCUAAAGUUACUUCUUUUAGUGGUACAACAACAAAUACUGCAGAUUCAAUGCCUUUUAGUAAACACGAUCUAAUGAAUAUGGAAGCGGGCGCAACGCCCAAUAAUAAUGGUUGGACAACAUUGACACCACAAGAAAUAUCCAUGUGGAUUGAUCGGAAAGCGCGUCUUUUGUUUCCACUAGCCUUCCUCGUGUUUAACAUGUUCUUUUGGACAUUUGUCUAUGUUGUGUGAUAUGUGUUUGUGAUUUUUUGUUUCAUUUUAAAUGUUAAGGACUUUGAUAAUUUAGUUAAAAAUUUGUGUACGU